AUGGCGUCCAGACCGACUGUCACCAUCGCCACGGCUGAGGGCAAGCCCUCGGGCGCUUCUCACCCCCUCCCUACCGUCUUCUCUGCGCCAAUCCGUCCGGAUAUUGUCCAGAAGGUUCACACCGGUAUUGCAAAGAACAAGAGACAGCCCUAUGCCGUGAGCGAGAAGGCUGGUGAACAGACUUCCGCCGAGUCCUGGGGUACCGGUCGUGCUGUCGCCCGUAUCCCUCGUGUCUCUGGUGGUGGUACUCACCGUGCUGGUCAGGCUGCCUUCGGUAACAUGUGCCGUUCUGGUCGCAUGUUCGCGCCUACCAAGGUCUGGAGAAAGUGGCACCAGAAGGUCAACCACGGCCAGAAGCGCUUCGCCACUGCCUCUGCUCUGGCCGCUUCUUCCGUCCCUUCCCUUCUGUUCGCCCGUGGUCACCGCGUCGCCAACGUCCCCGAGGUUCCCCUCGUUAUCGAGUCCAAGACCUUCGAGAACGAUGCCCUCUCCAAGACCAAGGCUGCCGUCGCUCUUCUCAAGGCUGUCGGUGCCGGCGCUGACCUCGUCAAGGUCCAGAAGUCCCGCAAGGUGCGUGCUGGUAAGGGUAAGCUGAGAGGCCGCCGCUACCGCCAACGCCGUGGUCCUCUCGUUGUCUACAACCCCGAGACCGACGGCAAGGACCUCGUCAAGGCCUUCCGCAACAUCCCCGGUGUCGAGACCUCGUCGGUCUUCUCCCUCAACCUCCUCCAGUUGGCCCCCGGUGGUCACCUUGGUCGUUUCAUUAUCUGGACCUCGUCUGCCUUUGCUGCUCUCGAUGAGGUCUACGGUACCACCACCACUGCCUCGGCCCUCAAGAAGGACUUCCUCCUGCCAUCCAACGUUCUCGCCAACGCCGACAUUGCCCGCCUCAUCAACUCGUCUGAAAUCCAGUCGGUUCUCCGCGAGCCCAAGGGCGAGGCCCGCACCAAGCGCACCAACGUGCAGAAGAAGAACCCUCUCCGCAACAAGCAGGUCAUGCUCCGCCUCAACCCGUACGCUGCCCAAUACUCCAAGGAGAAGCUUGGCCAGGAGUCUAUUGACGCCGGCAAGCCCGAGCGUGCUGGUGAGCAGUUCCAGAAGAUUCUGGGUGAGCAGUAA